AUGCCUCCGAAGCGCAAACAUCGCUCGUCACCGGCUCCUAAGGGACUAGCUGCAGGGGAACAACUUAAACGAGGCAAAUUGCCUGCCAGCGAUCCAUGGGGUUGGGUUGGCACGGAGGUCACCUGUUCCUCUCAGAUCACCUUGGAACAUCGCCUUAUGUCGUGUGGCCUUUCUCGGAGAAGUAAUAACCCGCUCUGUGCCAACAAGUACGCACACAAGCCAGAGAAGCAUAGCAGCCCUACUCCCAAGCGUGAAUCCGCAGGUGGCGAGCCGGGAGACGACGUAAUCGUUGUCUCGGAUGAUGAACCAACACCAUGCAGUAAGAAGUUGUGCAAGAACAACCCCAAUUGUUUGAAUUACCUCGGACAAGAGACAUGGAAAGAUGAAGACAAAGUCAGGGAAUUAUUCCUGAAGGCAUCUGACCUAGGGUUCAACCCAGUGCUUAACGCCCGGGAUCCCGAACUUCCUGUUGGCUUAAAGAAUCUUGGCGCAACGUGCUAUGCGAACGCCUUCAUUCAAGUGUGGUUCCGAGACUUGGCUUUUCGCAAUGGUGUCUAUAUGUGUCAGCCUUCACAAGAUAAGGAAGACGUAUUUGAGGAUUCGCCCAUAUUUCAGUUACAAGUGACGUUUACUGCAUUGCAGGAAUGCACCCAAAACGUCUUCAAUCCUGAAAGACUUGCCGAAAGCUUAAAGCUUUCAACCUCAGAACAGCAAGACGCACAAGAGUUCUCAAAGCUUUUUAUGUCUCACCUUGAUGCUGAAUUCCAGAAGCAGUCAUCACCAUCUUUAAGAUCACUUGUAUCCAACCAGUUUCAAGGGGAGCAAGUAUACGGCACGAUCUGUGGCAAUUGCCACAAUAAGUCUGAGCGGUCUACGGACUUCCUUGAGCUUGAAAUAAAUAUCGAGAACAAUGCUCGGCUGGAGGACCGUAUCGCCGCUCUUCUACAGGACGAGAAACUCACUGGUGACAACAAGUUUGAUGCCACACGGUAUACUGAGUUGCGAAACCUUCCCCCUGUACUCCAUUUCUCCCUCUUACGAUUUGUUUACGACUUUGCCUCCAUGGAGCGCAAGAAGUCUAAACACAAUCUUCUGUUCCCAACGACGCUUGAUAUGGACCAAUUUGUAGGCUCUGCUGCCGCCCGAAAAGCGGCAAGUAGCGACAAAGGUGCCAGAAAGAACAUCUAUGAGCUCAGAGGCGUUUUAUUACACAAGGGACCGAGUGCAUAUCACGGUCACUAUGAGGCUCAAGUUCUGGAUACUGCAUCGAAUACGUGGUUUCAGUUUGACGAUGAAAACGUCACGAAGAUUGAUUCACUCGGAGAGAGGAGAUACACUGGCCGUGAUAUAGUUGAUGUUCUGAACGGGAACCCCAAGAAGGGAAGUACUGGAAAUCCCCGUGGACGUCCCGCAAAGAAAAAGCGGCGGAUCGAUGAUAGCGACGAUGACGUUGUUGAGGACAUCUUUUUAUCGAAAGACGUCUAUAUGCUUAUUUAUGUUCGCAAGGAUGUUCGAUCCUCAGACAAUGCCAACGGUCAAGGAUCCGAGCAUACAAACAUGGCGGUUGAUGCUGGAAGUUUUUCCCCUCCCCCGCGCGCUCAGGAGGUUGUAAAUAGUCUGAAUGCAGCUCAUGACAUGGCCUGUGACGCAUAUGCGAAGAGGGAAAAAGAAGCGAAGGAACAUUUUAGUAAGUUGCUCAAGAAGAUGAAAGACGUCUAUUCUUCUUGGAGCAUCAAUUCUAUGGAUGAGGACUCCGUCAUUAUAAGCCGUCAAGCUCUCGAACGAUGGUUGUCCAAACCUCUUGCCAAGUCGAAAACCAAACCUAAGAGUGGAGAGGAACCAGAAACCACACCCGAAAUUUUGCCAACUUCAGACAUCCUUUGCCAGCACGACGCCCUGGAUCCCCAAAGAGCUAACAAUAUGAAGCGUGUCUCCGCUAGCGCUUAUGAACAGCUCACUGAGUUUGGCGAGUGUGAAAUUUCUCCGGUAUGCCAGGUGCAUGGCGUUUGUGAGAUUUGUGUCAGGGAAUCAUUCAUAGAAAAACUGUAUCAAGUCGAACAUCCUCGACUGGUAGCACAGUUCGAUGCGGUUUGUGAUGAAACUCCCGAUCAACCUGGCCACUGGAUAUCCAAGAAUUGGCUCAAAGACUGGCGAUUGCAGAAGCCCAAAAUGCACACACCACUGCAAGGAGAUGCGCCACCCGAUGCCCCAGAGUAUCUUGGGCAUGUUGUGUGCGAACAUGGUCAACUGUCGCUGGUGUCCACAGCACGAAAGAGCAUAUCCACCAAGGCUGGUGACAUUAUCAAAGGCUUGUUCCCUCAGUGGGUACCACGCUCAACUCAGGAAGAGCCCUGUGCUAUUUGUGAAGCCACCAUAAAUAUGUCCAGGGAAGACAAGCGUGAGCUACGGAGGAAAGCUGAAGACGAGAAGGCACGGCUACGUCACAUGCAUGACAACGCCCUAACAGGAAACACUCUGCUCCUCGAGAAUGUUCCUUGUGCCAUCCUGCCUGCACACUUCGUGCGUUUGUGGAGAAAGUGGGUCACUCGGCCAACAGAUGGACCACGUCCCGAAGGAGUCAAUAAUUCACAAUUCCUGUGCGAGCAUGGGCACCUUCUUUUCGAUCCCAACUGUCCAAACGAUUGGGAUACAUCUAUUGCGGUUGUACAAAUGACAGAGUGGAUGCUACUAGCAGAUUUGUAUCCAUGCAUCUCUCCGAUCACACUGGAGAAGAAGCUUGUCGAAAAUCCACCAAACGUAUUUGACACCAAGUUUGAGCACGAUAUCCCCGUGUGUCAUGGCUGUCGUUCAAAGAGGCGGUCUAACUAUGAUGUUGCCGAGAUCACUGUUCGGCUGUUGAGCGGGAAAAACGCGUCCAAGGAUGUUGUGACGCAGGAGAACAAGAGCCAUAAAUCCGAGGAGAAUGGUCAGCAUCCUCAAAUGGCAUAUGGAUCUAAUAGGACCUUUGGUACGCGGCAAUCAAAGCGUAUACGCGAAUCCAAGGAUGGUGUGGAAAAGAAACGGAUCACUGUCUCCAAAUCAACUACGGUGAAGGACAUUAAAGUGAUGCUAUAUGAAGCGCUCAAGAUCCCAACAAUCUGUCAACGACUGUCCUACUGUGGCCAGGAACUUGACGAUAGUUCGGUCACUGUUGCAACGCUUGGACUUCUCAUCAACGAUGUCCUCGAUCUUCGGGAAGAGGCAGAAGAUGACGAGAAUGCAACGACAGACGACGUCACUCGUGCAAAGAAAAGGCGCAAGGAAGAGCGAGGUUUCGGCGGUACCCUGUUGGCUUCGUCACAUCCAAACAUCGUUGCAGAUGCUACUGUAAGCUCUGAGGGGGAGCUGCAGUCUGACCACGAGUCCCCCCAGAUCUGUCGGGUGUGCGAUGUGCAGAACCCUCCCAACGGACAGCAGUGCAUGUUUUGUCAGAAAGAUUUGAAACUUUGA